AUGCAUACUCAUCGAAUUGACUCCUUCCUAAUAUCAGACAAUGUCAGAUUGGAGAUUGUUCAUGAAUCAAAUCCGUACUUUGCAGGAGAGCAUAUCUCUAUGGUAUUCCGUUUGAGACAUUUGGGACUUCCUCAAGAAUAUGAACAGAUAACGACUGAAUUGAAUGAAUUGCAUCAGAAGAUUGAAGAAAAAGCUAGCAAUCCUGCACAAAAGGAAGCUGAGACAAAGAAUAAUUCAACUUGGACAAUGAAAUCCCUAUUUCAAUCAAUUAGGAGAACCGAUGGACAGGCUGAUGAGAAUAGCCCAACAGAACAGGAGAAGUUACUAUUAGUGGAAUUAAUGAAAAAAUUGGAAUAUCAUAAGCCAGUCGAACUUAUAUCAAGUUUUGUUCAAGUAUCUGGUAUAUGCCAAUUUGAUCCUGAUAUAAUUAACUCUGAGAAAUUUGAUGAUAUAGGUAAUAAGAUGGCUGGUAUUGACCGUUUGGCAUCAAGGAACUUGACGAGCAAGGUUAAUCAAGAGGAAGAAAUAUCACACUAUUACAAUUCCGAUUAUACCUCCGUCACUAACGGUCUGUUAUCAUAUGGCGAUAAGAAUGCUGUAAGUACGAACGCAGAUGUUGUUCUUGAAUUAGGUAGUAUACAAAAUAUUCCGGAGUAUAAGCAAAUUCCCAUUUUUAUUGUUCCUCAGACCUUACUUUUCACCGAAUUAACAUUGGAAGCAGGUGAAGUCAAAGUAUUCCAUUUUAGAACUGCAAGACUUCCGAAGGAGCUUGUCCCAACAUAUUUGAACUCUCAAAAUAUUUCCAUAAAUUAUUCUUUGGAAUUUGGUGUUAGCAAAAUUACAUCAGAAACAAUGAAUCCAUAUUUAGUUAAGGUACCAAUCACUGUCUCCCCCUUCGUUGAUAGUAGUGGGUGUCAAUUUAUGGCUACAUUGAAUAAGAAACCUUUUAUACUAAAGCCAGGAAGUGUAAAACAACUAAAAAAAACACAUUCUAAUAAGAGGAAGGUAUCCACGGCAUCUACAGUUUCAUUUGGGAGAAGAAACUCCUCGAUAGUCGAUUCUCAAGAAACGAAUGAGCUUGUUGAAAAGGCAAAGCAAAACUUUAUUAAGCUUGUAAAAUCAAAUCAAAAUGGUUCCAAACACAUUGAGGAACUUGUGGAUCUGCAACUUCAAGUUCAAUUCCCCCCACUUGAUGAUACUUCAGAUAAUGAUUCAAGCUAUCUUAAUAAAGAUGGUGUUGAAUUCGUUUCAAGCAAAGAAACUUCCCAUUAUUCUGUACGAGAUACAAUAUCUUUAUUAAGGGAGAUGUCGAGUACUGGAAUGGUAAAAGAGGGGAAUGAUGCUAAACCUGAUGAUGCAACAUUACCUAUUUUACAACAACAACUAACAAACUUGCAAAAAAACUAUUUAAUCAACCGAAAUGGCGAACAGAUAGCAAAACUGACAUUCUCGAAAGAAUUUUUCACGAUUUCCGAGGAUAUUGAUCUAAUGCUAUCAUUUAGUAAAGAUUCACCAACUUCAAGAAAGGUUACUGCAGUAACUGUUACCCUGGAAUCGUUCGAAUCUAUAAAUUCGAAAUUCAUUAUUGAUUCUAUGGAUAAGCAUGGCGUUCCCAAGGUAACUGCGAUAUACGAAUCACAUCACAUAUGUUUUGAUGAAUGUAGUUCUUUGCCGGUUAAACUACUUGUCCCAAAAUCACCUAUGAAUCAACUAUCAAGCCAAUUUAAAACAGAUGUCUUCCAAUUAAAAUACAUGUUGUUAUUUAAGUUUGUACUGGCUGAUAGAUCAAAGAAUGUAGCACUAGAACAAUUUUAUGAAGAUAAGAAAGGUACACUUUUCCAUUCAAAGGAGAGCCUAGAAGGUGAAUCUUUUUCCUGUCGAGUUCCCGUUGUAGUUUUGCCAACAAUACAUGAUAUGGGUGGUUGGUAG